CCCAGAGAUGCGUCCAGAGAGAGAGGCGGGGCUGGGACGCAAGCUUGGGAAGGGCCACAACUGGGGAAGAGAGGGUUGCUGGAGGCCAAGAGGAGCAAGGCGGAGAAGGCACCGAGGGCUGGCCUGGGUCCUGACCCUGGAAGCUGCCCAGAGAAGCAGCCUGGGCCUCAGCAAACCUCAGAGCAAAUUCAGCAUUUGCAGAAGUCUCUGAUGUUCCACACACUUGUUGAACUUUUCUGGCCUUGGAGUGGGUACCUGGAAAAGAGAAGCAGUUCCCGUACCAGUGGGAACUACUUACCUGCCAGGUGCCUCUCCCUGUGAGAAUGACAGGCAGAACAUGGACACCACACAUUUCACUUCCUCUUUUUUCCAGGACCUUUCUCCUAGUGGUCUGUGGGCUGGAGCUUUAGCUAGGCAUCGGGGAGCCAGAACUUGGAUCGCAAAGAAUUUCUGCAGUACAUUUACACCAGGCAGUUUACAGGAUGUAAAGCCACCUGACCACGCUCUCUGGCAAUCCCGAUGGGCCCACCCAGUCUUGCAGCUCACGCUUCCUUCUGCUCCAUUUGGAGAGAUCUCCAACCAAAAACCAGAACGAGAUGAAAAAACUCAGGUACAGAGAAGUGCCUUGCUCAAGGUCAUGCAGCUAAAUAGCACCAGAGGUGAGACCAGAAGCUGUCUUUCCACAACUCUCAGUUCAGAACUCUUUCCAAUGGUCACGCAUUCUUGUGAGCACAUUUCAGCUUCUAUUUGGGACUCUACCCGGUUUUCAUUACCUUUCCUUCUUUCUACCCACCGGCUACCCUGCUCCCAAACCUGGAGGCUAGGGUUCAGAAAAGAAAAAGAUAAGCCCUUAAGAAAAAGUCACACACUGGGUAUUUUGGACCUUCCACUGCAAGAAAAAGAAACGUUACUCUUUACCUCCCGUGUUAACUCUUUCAGCAAGACUGAGACAGUUUAAAAAAAAAAAAUGGCAAAGUGGUCUCACUUAGGACCGAAGGGGUGGAGUCCCCGCCCCCUGGUGCUGCACCAGUACCACCAGCAGCAGCAGCAGCAGCAGCUGCUGCUGCAGCAGCAGCGAAGAGAGGAUAGGGAGCCACCUGUCAGGGCUGUGGGGGGGGGGGGGCGCGGCGGCGGCGAUCAGGGCCUCUAAGGCCUAGAGACCCGAGGGUGUGUGAAGCUGAGCGCACGCUUAGAGCAAACAGCUCGCAAGAGAGGUGAUCGUCUGACUUCUGGGAGAUGACAGCCAGAGGGAGGGAAAGGUAGUCACAGAACCGAGGUAGAGCUACGGAAAGUGGAGGAUCCUGGAGGUGACUGCAAGGAGAGGACGCAACCGCAAGGGUCGGCAAAAGCGGAGCUGGCUGCCUCUGUGGGGACAACGCCCGGCAGGCUGGCCAUUGGGAGCCAAGGCAACCCGGCGGCGCUGCGGGGCGGACGUGCCAUGUCUCGAGAGCGCCCCCAGCGCACCGACAUCCCCCGCAACCUGAGCUUCAUUGCCGCACUGACGGAGCGUGCCUACUACCGCAGUCAGCGGCCCAGCCUGGAGGAGGAGCCGGAGAAGGGGCCAGCAGAGGCCGGGACACGCCUCGGGGCCCGAUCCCGCGCUCAAGCUUCCAGUCGGGGGCGCCGGGCUCGCUCUGCACCUGCGGGAGGCGGCAGGGCCCAGGUGCCCCGAAGCUGCAGUCCCGACACCCGCAAAAGAGUGCGUUUCGCCGACGCGUUGGGGCUAGAGCUAGCCGCCGUGCGCCGCUUCUGCCCCGGAGAGCUGCCCCGGGUGCCUCGCCACGUGCAAAUCCAGCUACAGAGGGACGCCCUCCGCCACUUUGCACCUUGCCAGCCGCGUGCUCGCGGCCUCCAGGAGGCGCGCGCUGCCCUGGAUCCUGCCAGCGAACCCGGCUUCGCUGCCCGUUUGCAAGCGCAGCGAAUCUGCCUGGAACGCGCCGAGGCCGGCCCGCUGGGCGUGGCCGGGAGCGCGCGCGUGCUGGACUUGGCCUACGAGAAGCGGGUGAGCGUACGCUGGAGCUCAGACGGCUGGCGGAGCCAACGCGAGGCGCCCGCAGCCUACGCUGGCCCGGCCCCGCCCCCGCCACGCGCCGACCGCUUUGCUUUCCGUCUGCCCGCACCGCCGAUUGGCGGAGCCCUGCUUUUCGCUUUGCGCUACCGCGUGACCGGCCAGGAGUUCUGGGACAACAACGAAGGCCGUGACUAUUCCCUGCGUGGACCCGAGCACCCGGGCCGUGGCGGAAUCCCGGAGCAGCAGAGCUGGAUCCACUUUAUCUGAGACGCCUGCGGCCGACUGCGAAAUUACCAAAAGCACUCGCGGACUGGAGGAGCCCGAAGAUUUGGGGAGGAGGAACGGGUGGAGGAACGGGAGAAACCGAGUGGAAGUGGGUGGGAUCAAUUAAGGUCGGGAAGCUAGGGUGGAAAACACCAGUUGAGUGUGAGUGAAAGAAACCAAGGCAUAAGGGAAGGAGGCCGGGAAGGGCCUUGAAAGGAUUAGAAACUAGCAAAAGAAUGGGGGUGAUGGUGACAUUCUCUUUACGUGAGUGGGCACUGGGAGAAGGUUCAUUGGGCUUAGUAGAAAGGUUAAGAUACUUCUCCAUUGAGGGGGUAUUUUGUGUGAAUUAGCAGUCCACCGCAGUUGACGUCAUUUCGAUUGCAGGUGCAUCCCUUUUUGUUACCUAGCUUUGCCACCUCAGGUAUCCAAGCCCUGCCCAUCCUAGUUUUAGCUCUGCCAUGAUUGCCUUGCUAGAGUCCCAGGAACUUGGCCGUUGCUCCCUAGUCCCUGGCAUUUUGACAAGAUUUCAUUGUCACCCCUUGUUGUCCCUGGCUUCAUUCUCUGAGAACUGGCUGGGGAGUGAUGGCAGGUAGCAAUCAGAGAUCCUUCCUCCGGACUCCUGGCAGCCCUUGGGAGUUAAAAUGAAGGCAAAAUCAACUCCAGGCUUAUUCUCAUAGCCAAAUAAUGCAGCGCCUAAAGGGUGUGUACACUCAGGGGCUUCCAGGGAAAUGCCAAGUUUACCUUUUUGGGGUGCCUUCUAAUGACCUUUAAGCACUUUAUGGGUGGGACUUGUUAAGGGACAGUAAGUCACAAGAAUCACUAGUCUGAAUCUGCUUCAGGAGACAAGGAAGGCACUGGCUAGCUGUAUAACUUAGGGCAGGUUCCUUCACCUCUCUGGGGCCCAGUUUCCUCUUGGGGAAAUUGGAUUUGCAUUGGGUGAUCUCUUAUGACCCUUCUUGCCCUCUGUGAGUGGUGCAGUGCAGAUUAGAAGCCACAUUCUCCAACCUACAGUUGGAGUGCUACAGUUCAGAACACAGCAGUCCUCGUGUCUGGUUGGAGCUGAGGAUAGGUCCUUCACAGCCCACAACCUCGGUAUUCAGGCCUCUCUCAAACCACAACCCGUUCUCUGUCCUUGCUUUUUGCUCUGGUCCCAGCCUGGGUUCUCUGAGACAGCUUUGAAGAGGUGCAUCUCUCUUGGAGAAAAUGAUGCUGGGGAGUCCCAAAGAUGAAAGGAAACGAUGUUGGGGUUUGUCUUGAUAGUAAAGAAUUAUGGGUAUAAGAAAACAUUUCAAAUCAAGAAUCAAAGCAACUUGAAAAUUAGCCCUGGCCGAGUGGCUCAAUUGUUUAAGAGUAUCGUCCUGUACACCAAAAGGUUGUGAGUUUAAUUCCUGGUCAGAGCACAAACCUACCAUGCAGGUUUGAUUCCUGGCUGGGUCAAGUUCAAGAGGUCACCAAUUGCUGUUUCUCAUAUCAAUGUUUCUCCCUUUCUAAAAUCAAUAAACAUAUCCCUGGGUGAGGAUUUUUUUUUUUUUUAAAGCUUGAAAAUUGAAUGGCACCAGAAGAUGGCAAUCUGCUCCAUAUCCUGAACGGGUGAAAUGGGGAAGCUGGACUCACCCAUUCACGUUCCUGUGUUUCUCCUGCAGAUUAACCGCUGCCAGUUGUUUUUCUUUUCCUCUUACCCUGUUCCAUAGCUCUUUGCUUUUCUUGUUUGUUGUCCCUCAUCACUUAUAUUUUUAAUUUAGAAUGUGUAGUAUUUACCUUCAUUUUCUCGUAUUUCCAUUGUCCUUCAUCUUUGUUUGUCUGCUAUUCCUUCUUCCUCCUUUUCCCUCUUCUUUUUUACAAGACCAUGGUUGAUCCACUUUCCUCCCUCAGGCUCCUUCCUGACAGUCUUCUAGAAGGGAAAAGAGGGGAAAGCAGUUUCUGAGGGAGAUGAACAAGGAGCUCCCAGGUAACCAGCACCCCACCCCCUUUCUGUUAGUGAUUUCUCAAAGGAAAAUUUUCAGAAUCUCCUCUUCCUUAGUGAGUGAGAGAGAGUGCAUGCACAUAUACCCAUAUACACUAUUUGGAAUACAGUAUGGGUUUUUUUUACCAUGCUUCUCCUGUCCAAAGCCUUAAUCUUUUGAAGAAGGGUGGCUGAAAGAGAGGAACUCAGUCUUUCCUCAAACAAUAAAUGCCCGUAUGAACACCAUCCUUAUGUGGUGAAGAAAACAAUUUUGUGCAUCUUAAGGAUCACCUUCAGGUCAAAGUUCCAGUGGGGUGAAGAGAGAGACGACUGGAAGCCACCACGCCAUGCAUUUAAUAGUUAUCAAUGAAGAGCCCAAGGAAGGAUAAUGGAGAGGGGGAGUGGAUCGAAGUUCAUCUCUUGCUUAAUGUGUUUGUGUUACUGUUAUGUUAUAUUAACAGUUGUAAUAGCUCACAUUUCUUUACUUAGCCACUAAAAUCAGGUGUUUUGAAUGCAUUAUAAUCCUCAAAACCAUAUGAGUUGAGUAAUAUUAUCCCUGUUGUAGAGAUGAGGAAACAGCUCAGAAAAACUAAGUAAUUUGUUCAAGAUCACAUAGCUAGUAAAUGGCAGAGCUCGGAUUGUGAACCCAGGAAGUCUCUAGGCCUGGGAUGGCUAUGAAUGCAGCCCAACACAAAAUCGUAAAUUUACUUAAACCCUUUUUUUUGGCUCAUCAGUUUUCAUUAGUGUUUGUGUGUUUAAUGUGUGGCCCAGAGACCCCAAAAGGUUGAACACCCCUGCUAGAGCCUCUGAGUAACCACGAUAUAUUUGUUUCCUUAAAAACAAAAUUAGCCCUGGCUGGUAUGGCUCACUUGCUUGGAGCAUCGUCCCCAUGCCCUGAGAGGUCGCAGAUUUGAUUCUCGGGACAUAUACCUGAGUUGCAGUUUCAGUCCCUUGUCAGGGUGGGUAUGGGAGGCAAUCGAUGGAUGUUUCCCAUUGGUGCUUCCCUCUCCCUCCUUCCCACCGCCCCCAUACACGGCACGCGCGUGUGCACACACACACACACACACACACACACAUAUACAUUCAUCCCUUCUCUCUAAGAUUAAUGAAUGUAUCCAUCCUCAGGUGAAGAUUAAAAAAAUAAAACAAAAACCUUGCCAUAUAGCCUGUCUAAGCAGGAUUGGGUAGGGGGACAGUUUCUAAUUGUAUUCUAACUUCCCAUCCUCCCAGUCUCCUGAACUAGCUUGGAGAAAGGAAAACACUGAGGGUCCCAAGCUUAAUCUCCUCCCAGGAGCUACUGCUACCUCCUGUACCAACGUCCCAGUUCUGCAAGAUCAGCAAGGGACCAAACCACCUGCCUGCUAGAGAACUUGAAACCCAUUUGAACCCAUACAGUUGGAUUCCCUGGUCCUAGCCAGCCCUUCAUGCCUAUUGGUGUGCCACUCCCCUUAACACUCUCCCCACUAGCCUUGUUGUCUAAAUUUUCUGCUACAGGGAUCCCUGAGACAAUUGCUGGAUGCUCUGUGCUUGGGCCCUCUCUGAGAGCCCUGGUAUUAGUGGAUAAAUGCAAGCUGAUUGGGGGCAGGGAACCUUUCCCUGAAAGAAGUACUGUGGCUCAAUUAUGCCUCCACUCUCAGCUUUAUAGUCCCAACACAUGAGUCUCCUGGUUCUUUCCCUAUAGAGAUGCCCCAGGACCUGGAAGUAAGCUGAUAGCCUAAUCUGACUUAGGAAACACUAGGAGUGUUAGGCAUUGUGGAGGGGACUCUCCUCUAAUGGCUGAUAACUAUGAAUGGGAGCCAUUAACAGGAUAACAAGUCAGCUGUGGACUGGGAAGUGCUGUAGGGAAACUAUUAGCAUAAUCAGGGGCUUGGAUCCUUGAAGCAACUCAGUAGGUACACUGUUGCCCCUUCCUCUCAUCCACACCUCAGAUGACUAAUAGCCUUCCUUGUUCUUUGUUUGUUUUAGUGUACCUGAGCAUUUCUCUUCAUAACAAGCCCUAAUUUCUCAACUUCCAAUCUUAACUUUCACAUGCUGUGCUUCUAAUUCCUGUUUCUCUGGAGCUCUUCUGGAUCCUUGCAAUGCACAGGUCAUAGAAUCAGACCUGAAAAAAGACUUACCUUUAGAGAUCAUUGGGUCCAGGCUCCUGUACAGAUAGGGAUGUAGAUCCAGCGAUGAGAAGGGGCAGAGAAUUUUCUUUAGUACAGCUCAAGACAGCUUAAACCCAGGCCUCCUAACCACAACUCAUGUCCAGGCUAUGAAACAGGCCUCUGCACAAUCAGACCCACAGUUUUUUUGUUGUUGUUCCUGUAUGUUUUUUGUUUAUCUGAAAAAGUCAUUUGACUUAUUUUUUCUUAUAUAUGAUUUGUUUUUAAUUAAUUAGUUAAUUAAUUGUUCAAUUAGUUUUCUGUCUUUUACUCCCAUCCCAGCCCCUCCCCCCAUGCUCCCCACCUCCCUCCCAUUUCCACCCCCCUUAGUUUUUGUGCAUGUGUCCUUUACACUAGUUCCCGUAAGUCAGUUUUUCAUGGCAAGGGAUAUAACAUUAAAAAUGUUUCAUUUUCUGCUACUACUUUCUAUCCCUUUUCCUAUCUAGCCAUAAGGAGAAACAAGAGACUUAAGUUUUUUCUCUGUUCCCAGCCUUGGCACUUCGUUUGGUAAUAUUGGUAAAGAAAAGUAAAGUUGCUACAAUGAUUGAAUAGUCCACCCAUUGAAUAGCUAACCUGGACAGGAAAGUUUGCUAUGUGAAUCCCCCUGCAAACCACUGUUAUCAGGCCGUCCCAGAGCCUCCUCAGUCUCUUCAUAGUGCAGCCCUAUUCACCGGGCCCCAAACCCACUAGUAGCGCGCCUCACUGUUGGCUGCUUCUUGCACCAGCCUUCCCUUCCAGAUAAAAG